AUGGUGGCCACCAGAGCUGCCUACAUUUUCAGCACAUCCAUCUCACUCCUCUUGCUGAUCCCCGUUGCUCUCGCCAAGGAUCAUCAUACUCAUGGCACCAGCUACCUCGAGAGAGGUUCAUCGGUGUUCAUCGAGGACGACACCACUACCAACACCACCACCAUCCUUGCGUCGCCCAACGGCCUCUUCGCCUGCGGCUUCUACAAGGUGGCCACCAACGCCUUCGUCUUCUCCAUCUGGUUCCACGGCUCGUCGGCGAAGACCAUCGCGUGGACAGCCAACCGCGACGCACCGGUGAACGGCAGAGGGUCCAGGCUCACCUUCCGAAAGGACGGGAGCAUGGCCCUGCUUAACUACGAUGGCACGGCCGCCUGGAGCACCAGCACGACCGCGACUCGUGCCAGCCGUGCAGAGCUUCUCGACAGCGGCAGCCUUAUCAUCGUGGAUCCAGACGGUCGGAGCCUCUGGACAAGCUUCGACUCACAGACCGACACGCUUCUGCCAUCGCAGCCGAUGACUCGGAACAUAAAGCUGGUAUCUGCAUCUGCCAGGGGCUUGCUCUAUUCAGGUUUCUAUACAUUAUACUUUGACAGCGACAAUGAGCUAAGACUCAUCUACAAUGGCCCUGACAUCAGUAGCAUAUAUUGGCCUGCCCCUUUCAACCAACCGUGGGUAAAUGGAAGGACUACUUAUAACAGCAGCCGGUAUGCUGUUCUUGAACAGACAGGCAAGUUUGUCGCGAGUGACAACUUUACAUUUGAUGCUUCCGAUCUUGGUGAUCAGGUUAUGAGGAGGUUGACUCUGGAUUUUGAUGGCAACCUAAGGCUGUAUAGCCUAGACGCGACAAGCAGCGAUUGGUCGGUCUCUUGGACGGCAUUCCGCCGAGUCUGCGAUAUACAUGGGCUGUGUGGCAAAAACAGCAUCUGCAAAUACCGACCGAAGCUCGAGUGCUCUUGCCUUGAAGGUUUCGAGGUGGUUGAUACAAGCGACUGGAGCAAAGGGCGCACGCCCAAUGUAAACAAGACAGCCAACUGGGACAACAGGAGAAGACACAAGGCAAACAGCACGGCCACCCAGGAUUUCUCAUUCAAAAAGCUCGCCGAAACUGACUUCUAUGGAUAUGAUUCGAACUAUGUGCAGCAGGUGUCAAUUCUGCAGUGCAGACGUAUGUGCUGGACAAUGCUGAUUGCAAAGCUUUUGCUUACCGUCAGGGAGAAGGCACGUGUUAUACAAAGGUCUACCUUUUUAACGGCCAGAGCUUUGCAUAUCCUCCCAACGACAUUUAUCUGA